CCCGACGCCUGCUCGAUAAAUUGGCCGCCGCUCGUCGUUCCGUCGCGUUGUUGAGUACUGUUGAGUGGUUGUGUUGAACCUGGUGUUGGGAUAUCGACGCGACCAUGUUGAACAAGCAUUAGAAACGCCGAUUCAAGGGGGGUUUCAUUCAGAAAAAUGGGGGAGCGAGAGCGGAUAGCCAAGAACCCCAUCCGGGUCGGGUUCUAUGAUAUCGAAAGGACUAUCGGUAAAGGGAAUUUCGCUGUCGUGAAGCUGGCUAAGCACCGGAUAACAAAAACUGAGGUCGCGAUAAAAAUUAUUGACAAGUCUCAGUUGGAUGCCGGCAACCUUCAAAAGGUCUAUAGAGAGGUGGACAUCAUGAAGAGGUUGGAUCAUCCUCACAUUAUCAAACUGUAUCAGGUCAUGGAAACGAAGAAUAUGAUAUAUCUAGUUUCGGAGUACGCUAGCCAAGGGGAGAUAUUUGAUUACAUUGCCAGAUAUGGUAGGAUGACUGAAGACCAAUCUAGGAUUAAGUUUUGGCAAAUUUUGUCUGCUGUAGAAUACUGCCAUAACCGUAAUAUAGUACAUCGAGAUUUAAAGGCUGAAAAUUUAUUGUUAGAUUCUAACAACAAUAUAAAAAUAGCCGAUUUCGGCUUUUCCAACUACUACACUCCAGGAGGACAACUGUCAACGUGGUGCGGUUCACCUCCUUAUGCCGCUCCAGAGGUCUUUGAAGGAAAGAAAUACGUCGGACCCGAGAUCGAUAUUUGGAGUUUGGGAGUUGUCCUGUACGUCCUGGUGUGUGGCGCGUUACCGUUCGAUGGCUGUUCCUUACAAGCUCUUCGUGAUAGAGUACUGUCCGGUAGAUUUAGGAUACCUUAUUUUAUGAGCUCAGACUGUGAAUCCCUGAUAAGGAAAAUGUUAGUUAUAGAACCGAACAAGAGAUAUACAGUGCAACAGAUCAAGAAACAUAGGUGGAUGCAAAUGAGCAGUCCACCAACUUUACCACCGACAAUAUCCCUCUCUAGCGCGCAACCCAACGAGCAGAUUCUGAGACUGAUGCAGAGCUUAGGAAUAGACGGCUCAAAAACUAGAGAGUCAAUUCGUCUGGGGAGCUAUGACCAUCACGCGGCAAUCUACUACCUCCUGUUGGACAAACUCCGUAGUCAACUAGUGGGUGGUACUGCGGAAGGAGGUGGUUCCCCCAAACUGCCUCCUCCAAGAGAACCUCGCAGAAGGCCGCCGUGUGACCCAGCAGUCGCAGCAGUGAGGAGGAUCGGGAGGGCAAGUACAACUGAGGACUGCAGGAGGUUGUUACAGCAGCAUUCCACGCCCACGGCGAGCAAUAGCAAGAUAUGCACCAAGAUGAGAUACGAAGGACAGCGUACCAGUGACACAUCACCCUGUCACGGCAUCGACGCUGCCAAGCUCCUAGCAACCACCAACAGCGAGGAUGCCUUGAAGAUCUUGAACCAAGCUGUUGCUUCCAAAACUACAUUUACCAUGUGCACGGAGGCCACCAGGUUAAUGUCAACGUUACAAAUGUCACCAACUCCCUCUGCGUCAGCUGACUCUUCGCCCUACCACCAAGUUGCGUCAUCGUAUGUUUACGCGGGAACGGUCAUCAGCCCUCAACCUUUUGAGGUCGCUGGGGAAGGAAAACAUGGACAUAGCGGAUCUAUAGGGAGGUUUUGCACCAGUGGCUUCAAAAGUACAGAAAUCCAAACGCAAUACUCGAGCUCAACGGACGAAGGUGUGGAGACAGACCUAGAAGAGCACCUGUCAGGUGGUGGUCCCAGACUCAGCUACGCCUCCUCAUCGUCCUCAAGUGGGGUGGCUGUCAAUUUUAACGCCACCAAGAGUCUCAGUCAGAACCUUAGCUGUGAUAGCAACUUCGAAAGCCUUGAAUAUCCUUUGUCAGACAGCUCGGAAUUAGCGGGAAGCUUACCUAGUUGCACUUCAAUGGAAAAGAAACCCGAGCCCAUUCUUACCAGUUCCAAUGCUCAGAAUUACUCGUUAACGCACAGAACCGUCUUCAAUAAGCACAAUCCUUUGGUACACAUGUCAAGCUUUAAGACAACGCGAGCUAUUACCCGAUCGCCGGUUGACUUCAGGGAGGGCAGAAGGGCCAGCGAUGGUUUGGUGGCACAACAGGUGGCUGAUAAUACCAGUCAAGUUGUGGCGUUCAACUCGCAAAAGUUCAGCGAAAAGAAUAAGACCAAGGGGGUGUUGGAUAUGCAUUUGGUGCAACGAGAGGCCCAAAGGCUGCAGUCGCAGUACCCAACUCGUGAAGCUCCAGAAGAAGUUACACAGCGCCAAAAACAGCACAAUCAGUAUUUGCAACCCAGGGGUAAUAAGAGAAUUAGUCUGCCAGAUAACUUCAGCUACAAUACCACUGGUGUCGAAAAUAUACAGCUACAGACUGCUAUGCAACACAGGUUACUGCAGCAGAAACGUCAAAUUCUCCAGAAGCAGUGCGCUAUGUCUCACUCCUCUCAAGCCACCGCUGCUCUACCUCCUCAGCUGGAAACCAGUCAUUCCUUAUCCAGGCGUCAGAUGCUGCGGCAGGCCAGUUACAAGAUAGCACAGCAACAACCCGUUUUACCGCCACUACCUCUCAGCGACAAUGAAAACAAGGAUCUUAUGGCCUUCCAGGCUCUAGUGGAAGGUACGGCUGCAGCCGCUUCGGUAGCCUCCGACCCUUGGUCAGCCCUGCCAACCAGUAUGCAGAACUCUUGUCAAAUCUCCGAACCACUGCCAGUGCCACCUACAUGGCAAACGGCUACAGCGGCAGCAUGGAACCAGGGAUCUCAGUUUCCUUCCGUGAACCUAUCAGCGAACGUCUGGCCUCCACUACUGCCACUUAGGGAAAGUCCGAUCCUCGAAUUAACAGAACAAAUGGAGUCCAUGUGAGAACAAUAAAAUAACACUGUGAAGUUAUAUUUGCAGUAGAUGAACGCAUUUACACAAAGUGAUAUGCUUUUAAGGAACAAUGCUGUCAUCCAGUCACCUAGCGAAUAAGGAGUUUAAAAACCGACAGGAAGACACAUAUUCGCAAAUAUACGACAGUUCCUUUCACACAUUUUUAUGAAUACCAGCAAAAUUAAUAAUAAUAGCCAUUUCAACUCAUCAUUCACCAAAAUAACGUAAUUUGCAGCUAUGUCACAGAGUAGUUAUACAAAGAGAAAACAGACAAAAGAAUAAAAUUCGAGAGAAGGCUAUUCUCUGAAAUAAAUGCGUUGUUGCCAUAUUUAUCAUCCAUUUGCAAAAUACAAAAUAUAUUUUUCAUUCGAUUAAGAUAUAAAUCACACUUAAUGCAAGAUAAGCUAUUCUUAAAAGCUGUAAGUUUAUCACAGAGAUAUUUAACAUUUAGGGUCCAACGCGGAAGACUAUACGACUUUUCUGAGUCUGUCACAGUGAUAGUCCUGUAGUCAAAGAAGUAUAUUAGCUUGAAAUUCUAGUGUUUCCUAACCUCAAAUUGCUUAUUAAACCAAUCGCCGGUCUAGUUAUUUAUUCCGUAUGAUUUUUUUGACAUAAUCACUGAAAACUGCUUAGUCUAAAUGUAGCAUUUUAUAAAUAUUUGAUGGCAGCUUGGUAACACCGCCUUGAUAGCCUAGGACACAGAUCCCUGUUUUAUUUGUAAACCAAUGAUAGUAAGUUUGAAAGGUCAAUGGGAUCGAUCGACGAAUUGUAAUGGCUUUCUCUUGAUAAAACUACUCUUUGGCUAUGCAGUGUUUAUUCCAUCAAACAUCGCAAAAGUCGGAUUCAUCGAGCACAUGACAAAAGGUGGCAGUGUUUUCCUUCUAAUACUCGAGAAACUGUCCCAUGUCAAGUCAAGUGUAUCAGGAUUAUGUUGAUACAAAAUUCAAAACAAAGUUGUAUUUUCGUUCGUAAAACGGAUGAAUCAUCAAAUAAUCUUACCUAGAGCUUCAUGACAACAUUGGUAAGUAAGACACUUAUUAUAAGUGCCAGUGGAAACAUAUAUUUUUACAAACUACACAUUUGCUAAAUUUUAGAUCAACAGACUCCUCAAAAGUUGUUAUUUUCUUUGCUAUUUUGCGCACAAAUCAUGUGUUGAAAACUCUUUAUAACAUGUACUUAAAACAUAGUAUACAAACGAAAAAGAAUUAUUACGAAUUAUAUGAGCAAUAAAACUAUUCGUGCUUUAAAAGUCACAUUUUAGCUGUGCAGCAUUAUUUGCAUCUUUUUUAUAGUGAGUAGUGACUGCAAAUAUAACUGUAGAAAUCCUAUUUUUGGUAGACCGUUUAUAUCAACAUUUACCAAAGUAUUAUAUACAUCAGCAAUUAUAGGUACAGUAUACGAAUGUACGGGAAAUACAUUGCUUCAUAUCAUAUGAAGUACAUACAAGGAUGAGUUCUGUGAACUGCUUACCUCUAGAUUGGCAUUAAUUUCAUCAUUCUAGUAUCUCUUUAUUGUUCUUAUUUUUGCAAGGUAGAAACAUUUAUUUCCUUGUCUGUAUACUGGAUAUCAUUGAUAAGAAAUCACAAUAUUGGAAACACGUGUUCCAUGUUAGGGGUAAGGAAAAAUAAUGGUAAUGCAAGUCAAUAUGAUUAUCUUAAGUCACAGAUAAAUAUGUCCGAAAAUAGAUUUUAAAAUUUACUAGGUACUGCUUUGGAUUCUGUUUAUCAUCAUCAUAAUCGGUACAAAAAAUUAAUCUAGAUUUUUCAUUGUUAUGUAUGGAUAACCAUAUUUGUUAUGAGCAAAUUUACAACAGUGAUUUAAAGUGUAUAUGUCGUAUUUCAGAGUAGACGUAUUGAAUUUUUCCAUUAUCUUUAGAACUUGAACUGUGUUUGGAGCUUCUGUUUUAUUAAAUAUUUUCGUGACGAUCUAUAGGGUAAAACAAAACCCAAAAUAAAAGUAACAUAAUAAGCUCGCUGCAGUUCGUGAAUCUGAUUGUUGAGAACUGUUGGCAUUAUUCAUUAAGGAUUUAUCAGUAGCCUGUGAUGUUUUUAGAUAGUGAGAGAAUCAAGUGAUGGAUGCGAGACAGCAGGACAUGCAUUAGAUAUAGCUGAACUACUUAGGUGCUGCAAGUCGCUGUUAUCUGUUGAAAAAAAAACUAUGCCUCGCGAGUUUGGGAUAUUCAGAUUUGUUUUCUGUUCAUAAUUCAGAAUUGUUCAAUGUUUUCAUAGAUUUUUUUUCAUACAUCACUGAACAUAUAUAAACUGUUUUCCACCAAGGACUUGACAACUUUCUUUUUAAAUAAAACGCAAACCAUUUAAGAUAUCUCGAAUAUUUUAUUAUUGAACUGAAGUAUACUCAAAACAUUAAUGUUUGGAAUUCGACCUCGUUCAUAUGUCCACCAAGGGCACGUACGCAGCGAUCGAUUCGUUGAACCCAAUUUUCAAUGACUCGGCCAGACAUUUCGACAGAAACGGCCGCUAUAUCUCGUUCAAUAUUCGCUCUGAGCUGCUCUAACAACGCCGACUUGUUGGCAUAGACCAAUGAUUUAAUGUAGCCACACAAUUCAAAGGACUAGAGGUGUUAAAUCACACGAUCUAGGCGGACAUUCCACAGGAACAUUUCUCGAUGUAACACGUUCACCGAAUUUGGAUUUCAAUAUGUCGAUUGUUUCGCCCGUUGUGUGGCUUGUAGCAGCGUCUUGUUGAAACCACAUAUCAUUAAUGUCUAGAACAUCCAAUUGACCAAAAACGUAACGUUGCAACAUGUCUCUGUAGCGAUCUCCGUCGACUGUAACGUGACGGUCAUUUUCAUCAACGAAAAAAUACGACAUGAAAACCACACCAUACAGAUAUUUUUUGUGGAUAAAGUGGUGUUUCUUGAAGCACAUGGACGUUUUUACCUGACCAAUAACGCAUAUUCUGUUUGUUGACGAAGCCGUUUAGCCAAAAAGCGCUUCAUCACUGAAGAUGAUUUUGCGAUGAAAUCGGUCAUUUUCUUGCAACAUUUCUAGCGGCCAAUUCGAGAACGUACGUCGGUUCAUAUGAUCGAACGGCUUUAGUUCUUGGGUUAAAUUGAUCUUAUAAGGGUGCAGGCCAAGAUCUCGUCCCAAAAUUCGCCAUAGUGUGGUCUGAGCGAUGCCCAAUUUUUGAGAACGCCGUGGAAUCGACGUGUUCUGUCGGUUUGCGACGGAAGCUUGAACGGCAGCAAUAUUUUCGCCUCUUCGACCAACCCGUUUUCUCACUGACACUUGAACAUCCAGCAGCGAAUAUGUCACGUUUUUUUACUAGACUAUGAAUUGCUUGUCUACUGGGACGAGAAAAACGACCACAAAUUGGCGUUAACGCUCUUAAAGUUGCAGUCACCGACUAGGAAUUUCGGAAGUAAAUUUCAAUUAUUUGAAAGCGUUGUUCGUUCGUGUACUUCACCAUGAUGAAAAUGUUUUAUACUACUCGUCGUUGCUUCUCAAGGCGGUCCGGAGGACCUUAGCCUUUAGUUUAUAGUCACUGUAAUGUCAGUGUCUGUCAGGUCUAGUGGCCCAGAAACCAAACAUGUUGUAGGAGGAAAGUGUUUUCUUUACUGAAUAUUUUGACAUUGACAGUUCGGUAAUUGAUUUAAAGGUGUGUUCACAGUGCAAGUUCAAAGUUGUGAAGUCCCUGUUGGAAAACCCGAUAUAAAUGAUAAAAACGAUCCUGUCAGCCGCGACAGAAUGUCCCAGUAUUUUUAUCAGACAAAAUAUCUUCCGCUUUGUAUAUGAAUAGAAAUCACGAUCUUGUGGAGUAAAUUAACGCUCUACUACAAAAAAUUCCCGCAAAAGUGACAUACGGCUUAACCUCCUUAACAGAAAUUUAUGUCUUGAUCAUUAGGUCGUCAUAUUUCUGUAAGCAUGGUAUUGUAAAAGGUUUGGAUAUCCCCAAGUUAAACGAUGGCAAAUCGACAAUUAUCAAAAGCUGCAUUAUUGUAUUAUAAAAUUGGAAUGGCUUAUAGCUUUGUUAUAAAUAUUGUAACUCGAUAUACGUAAUAAACGCAUAAAACGUGUGUUUAUAAUAAAACUGAUAAUAAGUGAGAAUACCAUUUUAAUCAUGAAACAAGUUUGGUUUUCAAUCUAGCAGAGUUUCGGAUCAUUAAACUAUGAAAAUGAAGAUGCUAGUAAUGUUCCAAUUUUGGGUUUUCACGCAGAAAAAACUCGUACAACAAACCGAAUCAUUUGCCACUCGGGAGUAAAUGCACCACUUCAGUUCUUUGGUCCUAAAUCUUCUAUAUUGAGAACUUCUUAGAUCUACAUUAUGUAAGAAUGUUGUGUAAGAAGUAUAUAAUUAUGGGUGUACUCGCCAUCAACGUACGAAUAUGCCACUUCGAAGGCACGUUUUGUCAAUUAUGUGUCGUUUAGGUCUGGCCAAUGUCAUUCAAAAACAAAAAUGUGUCUUGGAAAUAUGCUGCGUUAUUCAAAAUGCAUGUGUACUGGACAAUUAUUAGACACCUUCUGAUACCAUUAUGCUCCACUGCAUUAGAAUGACGUCACUGUUAUACGAACAUUCCAUAUCCGAUAAGAUAUUUUUGUAAGGCUAUCAUAAACAAUACCCAAGUGAAAAAAAUGGCCUUUUCGUAUAUACUCAAUAAUAUUUGUAAAAGUUCCUAGUCGAAAAAUGAAGAUAUAUCAGUCAGAGUGUGUCAUUGCUUCAAAAGCAUACACACUGUUUAAAGUGUAACUAUAGCAAAAAGCUAAUUCAACUAAUUAUGCCUACUAUUUUCCGGCCAAAAUUCGAAAACGCCAUUUUUUACGUAAAACAAACGGAGUGUAACCGAAAACAGAAUGCGUUGAAUCAGAAGUGCCAAUGUAACCGCGUUAGCUUUAGAGAUAACGUAGAGUGCUCACUUUGACUUUUUUAUUUUGUUAUGUAGGAAAACAAGAGUGCUACUACUGAUGUAGCUGCAAAAUAUUGAUCAUAUUCGCGCAAUCAAAGAUAAUGAUCAUAACUCAGACUGUAAUAAAAGGAUAAUAAUAUGUCGCUGUAGACUGUUUUAGCAAAAUAGAGAAACAAUUCACUCAUCAUAUUGUUAGCACAUUAGUAUAGAACAUUCCAUGAGCAAAACAUCACAAUCAUUUUAUGCUUUUAGAAGCAACAAAUUAUAUUAUUAUAACAUACUCUCAAAAUUUUCUGAGCUCAUGACAUUUUUAAUGAUGAAAUGCCAUUAAAUGUAAUAGAAAAACGGGCUUUCAAAAGUCCCUAAGAUUUCUAAGAUAUGAACACAUUUUUGGCGAUGUCUAGAUGGUAAUCAACAUUGUUUUGCUGAUGAGAUGUUCGAAUUUAGUAUGUAUCAUAUUAACAUAUCAUAAACAUUUUAACUAGUGAUUUGCCCAACAAACCAAUAAUUUUUGUGUUAUAAGGUUUUUAAAAGCUUUGAACAAGCAAAUGUGUAUGUAGCUUAGCAAUGAUAUAUUUGUAUAUUUGUAUCAUGUAUGAUUGAUCGACAAUGC